ACCAAGACGAAACGGAACUGGGAACUUCUCGAUCGCGUCGGUCAAGUUUGCGGUCUCGAUCGCCAACUUCCGACUGUUCUGACCCAGUGCGGCAUAGCAAUACUGCGCUACUUGUUGCAUAGCUUCCUGCAUCUUACAACAGUGUUGGAAACGCGACACUAUUCGCGACGUUGCCUUUUUCGGCCGCCAUCUUGGCGCUGUGACUUGGCGAUUACCCUCACGAAAUACAGUGCAGAACCUAAAUGCAUAGCUCCGGCGACGAAAUGGAUCUGCCCUGCUCACCCGCGGAGAAUCGCUUGCCGCUCGCUAGUCCGCAGCGACUCCAGCCGCGACAAGCGCCUCCAGCUUUGCAGUGCUCGUUUAUGGCUAGGUUGUUGGGCGACAACUCACAAGCCGGCUCUGCGCUGUCAAACGUCUGCAUACCAGAGCCUGCGCCUCCAGCGAGGCAGCUCUUCGGCAAACCGUCGCGAGAUGAAAUCGAGAGCUACUUUGCACAGGCGCUUGGAUCUGCCGCGCAGCUUUCGACGCGGUCGUAGCGACCAUGAAGUAACCGUCGACCGCGCUUACGCGAUCAACAAGUUGGCGCCAGCGUUGCGGGUUCCUGCGCUGAGGGUGGAUUUCAAGGAGACGCCGCAAUCGGCGUAUGGCGAGCCUACGGCAUAGCGCUGCUUUUGUCACCCGCUGCUCAGAUGAAGGCACGCGCGUGUCGGGGUCUGGCGGACGGCUCCGCCCCUUUGCACACGGCGCCUCGAUCGGAGUUCGCGUAAUCGCCUCUCAGUUCUGAGCGAGUAAGGAGGCUGGGGUCUUGCAUGCCUAUGGGUGUGCACGGCUAGACAUGGCCUUGUGCAGUUGAAUAGAUGCAUUGUUUUGGCACACCAGCACAAGCUGUUCUUGAUACACCUGCCACCGCUGUGAAACCUGGUGCCAAGGAUACAUGCAAGUUUCUGGUGUAAUCUGGCUCUUGAAGUUCCGUUUACGACGGCGAAAACAUACACUGGCACAAUGCACCGAGGGCUUCAUGGCCACUGAGUUGGAUGGGGUUGGGUUGAUCGCAAUAGCUAGGUGUUGGCAGUCAUGGCAACAGGUGGCACUGUGCGCUUGGGCGCGCCGCCUGCAGGUUGCAGGGGCUGGGCGCACUGGGCGAUCCCUUUAUUCGCUUCAUUUUUAUAGAGUCAUCUGGAAAACAUUACGGCGGGCCGUGCCUGUACGAACGACCCCGGCUGUGUCCGGGAGAUGAGGUAGACGCUUGCGGCCUCAGACUAGAUACGUGGCUCAGCCCACUUUACCCAUGCAAGAGAAGAUCUCUUGUCUAGACUCAUGAGGUCUUACUGCUUCAUUGAUCCUGACGGAGACGCACCCCCCCCCCGCCCGCUGUACCUCUGGACGUCGGCACUUCACUUCAUAUUUGAUACACACCAUCCCAUGGAUGGCUACCCCCCCAGGAUUCAUGGGGUGAUUGUUGUGAUUCAUGUCUGACGCAAGGGGCUGGGGCAUGUCAGGAGUUCAUCGGGGGCCUUUUGCACCAUUUUGUUGCGCACCGAGCAUCUACGCAGUGAACACAGCUCAAUAACAAGCUGUGUACUAUCGCAAUUAUUGGAGAGCUGCAUGAGCUUGAUCACAACGGACUCAACCUGAUGAGCUGUUGAAGGGAGAUGGAAAGGCGUGCACCCAGCAAUGCGUUGGGGCAUGCGUUAAGAUUGUUGAGUGUUUGUUUAUGUGACCAUGCCAUGUGGUGCCGAGCAGCCUUGGAAGGUGCGGCAUAUAGGAGAAAGGCUUGUGGUACGUACAGCCGUCACGACCAUGGUGUUGCAGUUUGUCACUAGUGAUGGUUUUGCGACGACGGGCUCAGUUCUAACAGUGGGACACAAACUACCGGUUGUCUGGACAAGGAGAGUGCCGACUCUGGUCACCCGUGGUUUAGCGGUGCUACGAUGCCUCCAUGCAUGCAUUCCUCACCGGCAGCCUUGCGAUUGGUACCUUGUGUCUGAUGCGAUACAGUGCCUUCUACUUUCCCUCCCGCUGGAGGGUGGUCCGCACUGCCUGCAAUUGAAUGGCGCCUCUCCCUCGUUGACGUGUCUGGUAAAUAUCUAGUUUGGGUUGUGGAACUGAUUUAUGGCGAUGGCAUACUAACGGCAUGGGUUUCAGCAGGCUUCCGGGUCAGAAGCACAUUCCAUGCGCGCGACUGGACGGACAGCGGAUAUGGCAGGGCACUGUGCCAGGGUUUGCCAUAGUAUUUACUGUAGCGCGUAACAUGUUAUAUGCGCGUCACCUUAGUACGUACGGUAGCGUUUGCUUUGCGUGCGUGGGCACCUUUCAACGUGUCUACUGCUUGAGGUGCUGUACGGGUAGGUGCUGUGCACCUCAAGGACGUAUUGCGUAUGGCGGAGGGGUCGAAGCAAUUUGAUUGGAGCAUUUGACAGUUGCUCUUGGACUGCAAUGCAUGGCAAACGCAUCGUGCAGCUGCGCUGAAAGAGAUUGUGGGCUGCGUGGAUGUAGAUGUAAGGUUUUAGCUGC